AUACAGGUCGCGCUGCAUGGAAACGAGGAGUAGGCAAGAGCCGAAAACAACAGCAACAAAUAAAAAAAGCUGUCAGUGCAUGGGAAUCCGGUCACCUCUCCCUUUCUUUUGUGCGUCUCGGUCGGUGGAUACGCCGCCUUGGCUGGCGUAUAAGAGCUCCCCGCGUCUCCAUUACCAUUCCCCACUGCUGGCUUACCUCUACUACUACUACUCCUCCUCUCACUCCCUGUACUAGUAGAGCCACCGUGCUGCGUUUACUACUGACUCUUCUCCGGAUUGUGGACUCUCUCUGGAUAAAAAGGUUCAACAUCCUCAUUAGUCGUCACCUCACUGUUUUGGUUCGGACGUCACCAUGGGUCGCUGGGAUCACUCCUCCCUCCUGUCCCCCGCCCUGAGGCUAGCAGUCGUGGUGGUGAUUCUCCUCCUUGAGCUCCAUCCCACUUCGGCCGGGGCUCCCCCUGAGACGAACUUGGGUGGCUCUGUUUCGGCGGUGUCCACGAAUAAAACUGAAUGCAGCAAGCCCGAGGCGUGCGCAAAAGGGGUGGUCCUGCCUGUUUGGGAGCCCCAAAACCCGUCAUUUGGUGACAAAGUGGCCAGGGCAACAGUUUACUUUGUGGCUCUGGUCUACAUGUUCCUGGGUGUGUCAAUCAUCGCAGACCGUUUCAUGGCAUCCAUAGAGGUCAUCACGUCGCAGGAAAAGGAGAUCACCAUCAAGAAACCCAACGGAGAAACCACAACCACCACUGUUCGGAUCUGGAAUGAGACCGUCUCCAAUCUCACCCUCAUGGCUCUGGGCUCUUCAGCUCCCGAGAUCCUGCUGUCUGUCAUAGAGGUCAUAGGUCACGGGUUUCAAGCUGGUGCACUGGGCCCCUCCACCAUUGUAGGCUCUGCGGCGUUCAACAUGUUUGUCAUCAUCGGGCUUUGUGUGUACGUCGUGCCCGAUGGCGAGACAAGGAAGGUCAAGCACCUCCGCGUCUUCUUUGUAACGGCCACCUGGAGUAUCUUCGCCUACAUUUGGCUCUACCUGAUCUUGUCCGUGAUCUCGCCUGGCGUUGUGCAGGUGUGGGAGGGGCUGCUCACGUUCCUCUUCUUCCCCAUCUGUGUGGUGUUCGCCUGGGUGGCCGACCGCCGCCUGCUGUUCUACAAGUAUGUGUACAAACGCUACCGCACUGGCAAGCAGCGUGGCAUGAUCAUCGAGACUGAGGGUGACCGUCCACUUCCUUCCAAGGUGGACAUUGAGAUGGAUGGCAAGAUGCUGAACUCCCAUGGUGUUGACUUCCUGGAUGGUCCACUGGGUUUGGAUAUUGAUGAGAAGGAUCUGGACGAGGAGGAGACCCGCAGAGACAUGGCCAAGAUCCUGAAGGAGCUCAAGCAGAAACACCCUGACAAGGAGGUGGAACAACUCAUUGAGCUUGCCAACUACCAAGUCCUGAGCCAGCAGCAGAAGAGCCGUGCCUUCUACCGAUGCCAGGCCACCCGGCUGAUGACAGGCGCUGGCAACAUCCUGAAGAAACAUGCCGCCGAUCAGGCACGCAAGGCCGUCAGCAUGCACGAAGUUCGCUCCGAUGCUGGUGAUAACGACCCCAUCUCUAAGAUCUUAUUUGAGCCCGGUUCUUACCAGUGCCUUGAGAACUGCGGCACAGUGGCGGUGAACGUGGUGCGACGUGGUGGCGACGUGGGCAAAACAAUCGCUGUGGACUACCGGACGGAAGAUGGCACGGCCAACGCCGGCUCAGACUACGAGUUCACAGAGGGCGUGGUGGUCUUCAAGGCUGGCGAGACAAUGAAGGAGAUCCGUGUGGGGAUCAUUGAUGACGACAUCUUUGAGGAGGAUGAAAACUUCCUGAUUCACCUCUCCAACGUCAGAGUGUUGACGUCAGAAGGCGAGGAGCCCGAAGAAGGCGAGUCAGCUAAUCACGUCGACUCAAUGGCGUGUCUCGGCAUACCCUCCACAGCAACCGUUACCAUCUUUGACGACGACCACGCCGGUAUCUUUACGUUUGAGGAGCCUGUAUUCCACGUGAGCGAGAGCGUCGGCACUAUGGAGGUGAAGGUGCUGAGAACGUCGGGGGCUCGCGGCGUGGUCAUGCUGCCGUACAAGACGGUGGAGGGAACAGCACGAGGCGGCGGAGAGGACUUCGAAGACACUCACGGCAUCCUGGAAUUUCAGAACGACGAGAUCUUUAAAACCAUCAAGGUGAAAAUAAUCGACGACGAGGAGUACGAGAAGAACAAAGCCUUCUACGUUGAGAUCGGAGAGCCUCGCCUGGUGGAGAGCAACGACACCAAAGAGGAAAAGGAGAAGGCGGAGGAGGAGGAAGAAGAAGCACUGACAGGGAAAGAUGAAGAGGAGCAGCGCAUCGCUGAGAUGGGCCGUCCCACGCUGGGAGACCACGUCAAGCUGGAGGUCAUCAUAGAGGAAUCGUAUGAGUUCAAGAAUACAGUGGACAAGCUGAUAAAGAAGACCAACCUGGCUCUGCUGGUUGGAACCAACAGCUGGAGAGACCAGUUCAUAGAGGCCAUCACUGUGAGCGCAGGCGAGGAUGAUGAUGACGAAGAGUGUGGAGAGGAGAAGCUACCAUCGUGUUUCGACUACGUCAUGCACUUCCUCACCGUGUUCUGGAAGGUCCUGUUCGCCUUCGUCCCGCCCACAGAGUACUGGAACGGCUGGGCCUGCUUCGUCGUCUCCAUCUGUAUGAUCGGACUGCUCACCGCCAUCAUUGGGGACCUGGCCUCUCAUUUCGGCUGCACAGUGGGCCUGAAAGACUCAGUCACAGCAGUAGUAUUCGUUGCAUUGGGAACCUCUGUACCUGAUACCUUUGCCAGUAAGGUCGCAGCUACCCAGGAUCAGUAUGCAGAUGCAUCGAUUGGUAAUGUGACAGGCUCAAAUGCUGUCAAUGUUUUCCUAGGCAUUGGGGUGGCGUGGUCCAUUGCUGCCAUCUUCCACAGCAGCAAGGGGCGUGAGUUCAAGGUGGAUCCGGGCACACUGGCGUUCUCUGUCACGCUCUUCACCAUCUUUGCCUUUAUCGCCGUCGCCACGCUGAUGUACCGGCGGCGGCCAGAGAUCGGUGGAGAGCUGGGAGGGCCCCGGACGUCGAAGGUUCUUACCACCAUGCUGUUCAUCAGCCUGUGGCUCCUCUACAUCCUCUUUUCCUCACUGGAGGCCUACUGCCACAUCCAGGGCUUCUAAUGCGACAAGAGAUGACGAAGGGAACGGUGGGACAGAAGGAGAUCAUGGAAGAAGAAACCAAGGGGAGGUGGAUGAAAGGAUGGAUUUGGAAAUGAAGGCUGUCUCAUUGAUCUAUCACUCCCUCCCUUUACGCAAUAGAUUGAAUGACGGAUGAAUGGAUGGAUGUACAGAUGAAGAAAUGGAGGACGCAUUUAAAAACAGGAUUGAAGGAAAUACAGAUGCAUGGAAGGACGACGACAAAGAGGAAAAUCAUAGAAUCUAGAGUGAUAGCUCAGAAGUUGGAACUGAGGAAUACAUUUUUUGUCUUGAUCUAUAAAUCCAAACCAAUCAAGUUGUCUUAAACCCAUCCGUGUUUUAACUACAUGAUACUAAUCCCCAAACAGCGUGUCCCAGCUGGUUCAACCAUACAGAAAUCAAAGUUCUCACCAAACAACGAGGCUAUAACGGACCGACACACCACCAAAGCUCAAAGGAUAUGUGGCUUCAACAACAGCAAUCCCAUGAAUCCCCCUUCAGUCGGAGCAGUGCGACGCCCACGUCCAGCUACAGUAACAGGCACGAGUGAGACAGAAUAACUAUCAGCUUGUACAUGCAUGACCAGACGAUACUGAAACCACAAUCAGAAGAAACCGGAUGUAUUGCCACAACUGUUUAAUGACAACAAACUGUGUGCGUGCUGGUGUGUGACUGUGUGUUCGUGCUUGUGUAUUGUGGGAAGAUGGUCAAGUACUGUGAAAAAAAAAAAGCCUCUCGUUUUGCUGUCGCUGUGUGAGACGGAAUAUGCUUUCGUAUUCGAGGUCUUUUUCGACUCCCACUCUCCCAGCCUGUAGAAACGCUGAGCGAGACUCUUAUACGUGAGGGCGCGUUCAAUGAAAUGAAACGAUUUGAACAUCACUGAGGUGAGAAAUGUAAAUACAAAGAGCUGAACGUACAUUGCAGCUCCACUAUUUUCCUUCUGAAUGUCUCGGUUACGUCAUGCGCUCCUGAACGGGCCCUCUUUCUGUUGCUUUAUACAAUAGGUGUAAAUGAUUUAAGGUCUAAUUUGAAUCAAGAAGGGGUUAGCGUGCUUUUACCUUUAAUAAGGCCACGUCAAAAUGGCCACUCUACCGUUUAAAACUGUUAGAGAUUAUCAUUGCAUAAAUAUCUAGGUUAAUCUUGUGUGUUUUUGUUUUGUUUUUUUAAAGCUGUGGAAUUCCGUUACCUGGUUUUCCACCGAUGAGAUUACCACCAUUAUGUGUCAAUCUUAACAUUGCAAUAGACUUUGAAAACGUAGGUACCGCCCUCUGUGAAACUUCAUUGGCUGUCUGUUUCCUAACUGCCUCUGUCGAUGUUUUUCUCACUUUGACGCCGCUCUCCUGUAGGUUCACUCAUUAUCCCUGUGUGUCUUAAGCACCUCCCCUUGGCUGGUCAGUGGACCAAUCAAAAUCCUCAAGGGCUUUGUAAGAAACAACCACUAAUCCCUGACCCUAACCCUUGAUUUCUAAUUCUUCACAUAGAUUUGUCUCUAGGGGGCGAGUUAACAGGGAUUUGUAUUCUUUAACAUCACACACCAACUGCUCAGAAGUGAGGACUUCCGUCCAGUGUGGCUUUAAAAGCAAAAAAAAACAGACAACAUGACAGCUUCAUUUAGUGCAAACAUUGUCAAAACAAGUAUCCAGACUUACCUAAAUCUUAGCAAGGCGACCCGAUGAUCCAAAGUACUCCAUCAGACGAGGCCUCCAACUUUCUUGGAGUCUUUCCCAGUUUAUUACAAAGACCGCCUAUAAAUUGUGGUCAGCCUUAUUCCAAAUUAAACCAUCCAUUCAAUUUUCUUUCCUGGGCCGCCUCCACUCUGCUUCUUAAAUAUACUACCCUUCAGGCCAUGUGGAUGAUGAAGGCCUUAACCCAGAGGAAGCAAUGAACAUCUGACUUUAUUGUUUCUUUAUUCAAGGGCAAGUGUUUGUUCUUGACUGAAGACCCAAAGUUGAAUCAACGUGAUUCACUGCUUCAACCGGCCUUGGACAUAAACCAUUGGAACUUCACACUCAGCAGCCAGUUUUCAGUCUUAACAUAGGAGCCAUUACAUGAAGGAAUAGUUCAAGAAAAGUAUUUGCUGCUGGCGUUGAAGUAGGAUUACUAACCGAUUUGAAUACUGUAGGGGCAUCUUGCAUAGGGCACAUUGGAUCUCAGACAGCCAGACUCUGUUUAGCAACCUCACAGAGAUUUGGAGACAAUUGUUCAGAUUUUUUAUGCCCUAUAUCUUUGGCCACGCCACCCACAAAAACUGGGAGCUGUAUCACAAAGUGAGUUCAGGUUAGUCAAUCUUUCACUGGCGUCUCUGGAUAACCAAGUUGCUUAGUCAAGGUGGAGUUUAUAACCAUUACACACAACAUUAACAGAUUAAAAGAAGCAUGUUUAAUAUGGCAUGAUAUACUUUAUAUAGCAUCAUCAUCUGAUUGGGUAUGCAAAAUGAUUUUCUACCUAUGAUUUCACCUAGGUUCAGCAACGAAAACAAAGUGCAAAGCAUGACCAAUUACUACUGUGAAUCAGGAUAAGACAUAUAUUAAACUUUUAGCACUAUUUUUGGAAAUUGUUUCGUCAACUUACUUCCAGCUUUAAGUCAAAGUCCUGUUGUAAAACCAGAGUAAAUGUUUCCUUUCUUUCUGAUGUAAACAUAAUUAGUUGUGCAGCAUAAGCUACCAUGUCUGAUCUAGCCAAAUCAAAAGUGAACUAUUCCUAAUACCAGAACGCCUCAGUGAAGCCCAAUGUGUAACUGACUGCUCUCACUUUAUGAUACAGGCAAUAAUGGGUUCUAUAAUCGAGUUAAUUGUAGCUGAUUUCAUUGGUUUGAAGUACAACAAAGCACAUUGUCUCAGCCCUCUUUAAAAUGAAUUUUGAGCUUGAAUUUGACCGAAAGUCUGUGCGCAUGCAUUUAGAAUAUUGUGGCGAUGGCUUAAAAGGCAGCUGAGUGUUUUGAAAACUCUAGGUUUGCUGUUUCAGGACACAAUCUACAAAACAGGAUCACAAGCAAUGGCCAAGCUUCUUUGAAAACCCUUGCCGAGUGCUGGGCUAGCUAGUUAAACAGUAAACAUUAAACUGCAGAAGUAACAGACACUAACUGGCUGGGAAUUUUCUUUCAUGAUUCAGUCAUAUGCAAACAAGAUAAACUAUAUCCUUAGAAUACUUCUAUGUGUAUUUUUGGCCAAACGGGGAGAAAAACAUAAAAGUGGCUUAAAAUCCUGUCCUCUAAUAUGUGUAGAAUAUAAAUCUUUCAUCCUAACUCGACUGUCAGAGAGGUUUACACUUCAGACUGUUAACUCUUUUACUCCAAAACCACAGAGAUCUCAACAUUCACGCAACUUUCUGUAUAAGUAGGCGCUCUAAAAGUCCAUAGUUUGUUGAAUGGCGCUAUAUGCAUCUGAAUUGGCCAGAACUUUCCUGCUGAUGUUGUGUUUUUUUUACUCGAUGUAUAAUAUAAUAAGUAGUAUUUUAAAUGUCAUCUGUAAAGUAAGUAGUCUGGCCUAGAUGUAAUCCAUUUAAAACUUGGCAAAAAAUAUUGUCACAGACAGCUUUCAACCCCUUUGAGAGAGUGUAGCUGAGCAGAGCCCUGGAUUGGAUGAGUUUGGCAAAUUCACGAUAUUUUGAGGAGAACUUUCAUUAAAAAUACAUAAAGGUUCCAGGUUUUGUAAUGUGGCAUAUGUUACUGAUUCACAUGAUGAUUCACCUGGAAUAGAGAACCACUCCAGAAUGAAAAUUUCAAUAGGUAAUGCAGCACAGAGGUCCGGAACAAGUCUUAUAUACCGAAAUCCUGGGAAUUUUGGUAUUGUCAGCACCCAUGUUGCACAAUUUGGGAGGAACUUAACAAUAAAACAUUUGCGUCAACAUUGCAAUCCAAUUACCAGAAAAAAAAUGUAGCGUUGUACCACAAAUAUGGUACAUUUGCACAUUAUUUUGUUACAGACGUGUUGCACUGGUGUUGGGUUUCGGCAAGUAAACCCCUCGGUUAUGCUAAAGAAAAGACUAACGUUUCGGCUUUUAAUACCCACUUUUGGGGGCACAAUUCCUGCAGGUAAAGCAACAAUGUCUCGGUAAAAAACAACUGCUUUUGCAGCACUAUCUGUGCUGGAAAAGUAGUGACAGGUUGCUUUGAAACACCAUGUUUGGUGCCUGAAAAGUAGCUGGAAACACAGAAAUUACAUGCUUAAUCAUAACCACUUUUGUUGUUUGUUGGUCUCGAACAGUAGUCUGCAGGUUAUAUAUUAUGUCCGUUUAGAAACGUUUAUUUGCUACAUAUGAAACAUGCAAGUAAAAGUAUUUGUGGUUUGCAGAAACAAUGACAACGUUUUCUUCUGGCGACUGAGCUAAACAGUGACUCACACCUUUGACAACUUCUUGCAUUUGCCAAACUCUGCACAAUGCAUGGCUCUCAAUUAGAGUAGCUGUUCUCUUGUGAAGGCCUUGGAGUGGCAGUUUACCCCUGUUUUGCCAAAGGGAAAUCUUUCUAUCAGAAACUUAGUAUUUGCAGUCCAACCUGUGAGGGGUUUUCUAACCAAUGGAUCUUUCUUAAAACACCAAAUAUUAUUCAUGUUUCAUUAACACUUUGAAAGGGGACUUGAUGUUGUUUUAACCUAACCAGAAUCUUUCUAUUUAAAUUUGUAUGCAUUUGUCUCUUCACUGGCAUGGAGCUUAAGGUUUAUACACUGUAAAAAGUUAUGCUAGCUUGUGCAAAAAAAAAAGAGAAAAAAAAGAAGUAACAUUGUGGAAGCUGUUUGCAUCACUUUUUGAGUAACUACAACAAGGUGUAAAUUAUCUUUGAUAUCGCUAAAUCAUGUUGGAUUUACUUAAAACGUGCCUGCUGCCUAAUUUGUCAGAGUGAACUUACGCAGGAAUGAAAAGCUUGCUGUAAUGUAGUUGUUUGCAUCAAAUUAGUUUUGCUGCACAAACUUUUCCAGAAGCUAACAUUUUUCAUUGAUGAGAAGUUAGUUAUUUUGCUAUGCCAGCUUCAUUGCACCGCCUCUCUCAGUGUAUCUACCUUGACUUAAAAGCUAGUCUGACGUGAAGCUAAUGGCAGAUUAACGACAGCUGUUCAAAGCACCACAUGGUUUGGACCAAGGCAGGAAGCUAAACCCGGCUAACGAAAUAUUAGCUGCAACUACCAAGCUUGAUUACCUGCCACCUGCUUAGGCGGUAUCUAAUAUUUCUGAAAUUUCACUGGGGUAUUAUUAUUGGUUAUGCACCUACUCCACUCCCUGACCAGUAAAUUUGCUACUUUCCGUUAGCACUCUUAGUUUUUUUAGACUAAUAAAUACACAAUAGAAACUCACAACAUGUAAUAUUCCCACACCUGUUCUUCUUAUUGUACAGAAAUACAGCUGUACAUCUUUUAAGUAUAGCCAAACCAUCUUGGUUAUUCUUGUUAGUCAGUUAGUUAGUAAGUCCACUGACAUUCAUUCACAGGCUCCAUUUUGGUUGAAAUAAAUCCUUAAUUCACUGGUUUAGAUGUAAAAAAUAAAUGCAUGCUGUUACUCCCAUAGUCUCUGCCUGCUGGCCGCUGGCUGUUUACAGUCCUAUAACUUCUCCCUCCAAUACUAGGUGUGAUGGCAUCUUUCAGCUCGGCUGCCUGUUUUACAAGAAGAGAAUGCUUACUGAGCUCUGGUGGUGCAUGCUGUGCACUACAUACAAUGAGUUUAAUAGCAAGAGGAGCACCUGUGACGGUAUUGAAAAUUAUUCUGUUGGGAUUUCUAAAUACUUAAAUAUUUCUUAUUACAUAACGUAAUACCGUGAUACCACCCAAUCCUAUUACCCACCUCUAGCUCCCUGCCUUGGUUCGGACCUUUGAGGUUUGAAGGGUCAAAGGUUAGCCAGGCCACCGCUGUAAAUAUAACACUAAGAGCAAGCUAGGAGUAGAAAAAUGAGCUACAGUAGACAUUUUUUAUUCUUGGGGUUUGAAGAAGUGGGCAGGGUUUUAAAUGAAGGAAAAGCAUUGCACUGGUUCUUGUCGCUUAUGUGAGACGGUUACUACAUUGUUCCGUCGAAAACACUAACAGAGUUGCUUCUGAUGUGAACAACAGAUUUUGUUUUUGACUGAUGUACACGAUAAUAAUGUUGUACCUGGUGUAAAAAAAAAAAAAAAUACAACAGUGGUGAAUCAGUUGUGAACCAUUUACGAUGUUGCUUCUGAUGUAAAGAUCGAUCGUGCAUUUUUCUUUGCGUCGUUCACUUAAUAACUGACCGUCUGUCUGACAGACUGAGGAAUAAAUGAAUGCAACACCAAACAGACAGACGAACGAAAGUAAGGACAAACACCCCUGCUGGUACAAAUCUGAGCAGUGUCAUGCUGAAACGCAGCUUCAGCGAUUAAUGUACUGUUGGGAAAAACAUUACCAGAGCUAUUCUCUACCCUUAAAGUAACAUUUACAAGGAUGAUGAUAAAAGAGGAAGGAGGAGAUGGAAGACAAGGAGGAUGAAGAUGAACAUAAAAGAAAAAAACAUGAAGUUACAGCCAUACAUUGAUUUCUGGGCCAGUGAGAUUGAAAUGGACUUCUCCUGCCCAGCAUGUGUAUUGUUAUAGUGUCUAUCUGUCCCUCUGUGUCUCUUCGCCCUCUUUCUGUCUUUGCUGCCGAAGCAACCAAAACUGGCGGCGAUCCUUUCGUUCUGUCUUUUCUCCCCUUUCCUCCCAAAUUCCCUUUUUACCCUCCGUCUCCCUAUGCCAUGUUUUCCAUAUUUUGGAAUGUCAAUGUGCUACUUGUUGACACUGUGCAUGAAUGAUAACAUGUCUGUAUAUAGUUAUAGAGAAUCGUAUCCCAUUCCCCUGGUGUUGACAAAAAAUGGUUUGAAUGUUGUACAGAUUCUGGUUUUCUGUUCAUCUUUUAUUCUGUUCAUUUUUUUAAAUGUACGUAGAGCUUAAAAACAGUAUGUUUUUAAUUUAAACAAAGACGUAACUUGCACAUUGAUUAAUUAACUAAGGGUUGUUGUUUUUUUUGUUAAAAAGGCAAUAUCUGCUGUUAUUGAAUGAGAGAUGAGAUCUUAAAGGAGUUAUGUAUCUUAAAUAAAUAAUCUAUACGGGAGUUGCAUGGAUUAUUUGUACAAAAAAAAAAGACACUGCUUGCUACUUCUAAUACCGUGACUGUAUUCUCUGACAGAGGGCGAGGAAUACUGUAUGUACAUCUAAAGGUUAUUUUGUCAUUAAAGAAAUAAUAAUAAUAAUAAUAAUAUUGUGUAUAUACUGUACAGUGUUAUAAGUGAGGUGGACGACGUGGCCAUCAUGCUAACCGUAGAGAAUUAAUUCAUAUUUAUUUAAAGGAAAACACUCACUACACUCAAGAAUGACAUAUAUUGCCUUUUUGGGGAAGUUGCUACAAGUUUCUUGCUCUUUCUUCUUUUAUGGCUGGUUUAUCCGUCUUUUUUUCCAUCAAUAUCUCUCCCUGUGGUCUUAUUUUUUAAACUGGAGGAACGGUUUCUAUUUCAGACGGGCUUUUGGUUCUGAGUCUCUUUCCGUCUGUCUGGCUGCUUAUCCCGCUGACUCAACAGUAUCUGCUUGUAUUCACCUGUUUUCUUGCGUGCGUAUCCAUCUAUAGUUGACUACAAUAUAUCUGCCCAUGUCCCCAUCUGUCUCUCAAAGGAUCAUUUGUCUCUACUUGACACACCAUCUGUCUGAUUCAGAGCCGUCUGUCAUUUCUCUCGCUCGCUAAAUCCAUCUCUUUUCAUCUUCCUUUCCUUAAUCCCUCUUUUGCUUUUUCCACCUCCACACUUACUUCCCCUCACAUCCACCCUUUUCUUUCUUUCUCUUCGCUCUCAUGGGAUGUACUUUCAUGUUUGUCAGUUUGAUUUGGUGUGUUUUUUUUUAAACUGAACAGUAACCGCAACAGUUAUAAUGUUGGUAAUAAUGAAGAUAAUAUUUUUCUUUCUUUCUUUUUUUGUUUGUUGUUUUUGCCGCUGUCCUCUGUGUGUGCGUGCGUGUGUUUUAAUUUAGUUUAUUUCUAUUAAUUUUUUUUGUUGAACACCAACUGAUCGGAGGAAAGUUGUUGUAUGUGUGUUGCCACUAACUGUGACUGCUCUCCAUGGUACUUCUGAUAAAACCAAUAAAAGUUUGGGAUACCCUGUUUCAGAGAC